AUGAAGAAAUAUUCUCCUUUCCACUGGGACCAAUCAUGUCGAAAUGCCUUUGAAAGCAUCAAGAGAUACUUGAUGAAUUCGCCUGUAUUAGGGGCACCAACUCUUGGAAAGCCAUUGAUACUGUACAUUACAUCGCAAGAGCGAUCACUUGGGGCACUUCUUACUCAAGAGAAUGAAGCUAAGAAAGAACAAGCAUUGUACUAUCUAAGUCGUACCUUGAUAGGAGCUGAGUUGAAUUAUACGUCCAUUGAGAAGCUGUGCUUAGCAUUGCUUUAUGCGAUAAGAAAAUUGAGGCAUUAUUUUGAAGCGUACACUAUCAAGCUAAUUUCUCGGGCUGAUCCCGUGAAGUUCGUAAUGACUCGACCAGUUCUCUCAAGACGUCUAGCAAGAUGGUUUAUAUUGUUUAAUCAAUAUGAGAUCAUUUAUACACCUCAAAAGGCUGUGAAGGGGAAAACACUUGCUAAUUUCCUUGUUGAUCACCCUCUUCCGGGAAAAUGGGAAACUUCAGAUGAGUUCCCUGAUGAAGAUGCAUUUUUUACUGAAGAGAUGCCAGCAUGGACAAUGUUUUUUGAUGGAUCUGCACGUCGAGAUGGUACAGGGGUGGGAGUCUUUUUGAUAUAUCCAGAACGACUAAUCUUACCAUUUUCAUUUGUUCUAGGUGAAACCUGUUCCAAUAAUGCCGCAGAGUACCAAGCUUUGAUUGUGGGCCUUGAAAUGACAUCAGAUAUGAAGAUUCCUCAAUUGGAUGUCUAUGGUGACUCUCAAUUGAUCAUCAAUCAACUCUCGGGGAGUUACGAGAUGCUUUGGCUAACUUGGCUACAACAAUGGCACUCGGAGAAGAUGAGACAAAAAAAGGUGUGUGUAUGUCAUCGAUGGGUUAUUCCUGGUUGUCUUGAUCUUCAAAUCGAUGAAAGCCAUUAUAUAUCUGUUCGAGUGGUUGAAGAAGAAGAUUGGAGAAAACCACUGAGUAAGUAUCUUGAACAUGGAAGACUGCCUGAUGACCCACGAGUAAGAGCAGACGUUAAGAGAAGAGCACCAUGGUUCAUCUUUCACGAUGGGAUACUGUUUCGUCGUUAUUAUGAGGGACUAUUCUUGCGGUGUCUUGACAAAGAAGAAGCUCAACAAACAAUGGAGGAGGCACAUUCUGGCACAUGUGGAGCACACCAAUCAGGGCCUAAACUUCAUUUUCGCAUCAAGAGGAUGGGCUACUAUUGGCCAACAAUGGUGAUGGACUUCUUAGAGCAUGCCAAAAUGUGUCAAGCGUGUCAAUUCCAUGCUAAUUACAUCCAUAAAUCACCAGAGGCUCUGUAUCCAACUGUAGCCUCAUGGACCUUCGAUGCAUGGGGACUUGAUGUUGUUGGACCUCUUCCAAAGUCAUCAAAAGGACAAAUGUAUAUCUUGGUUGCCAUCGACUCAUUCUCUAGAUGGGCUGAAGUUGUACCAUUAAAAGAGCAUGAGAGAAUUGGUGAAGCUUUAUGGGCAUAUCAUACAACCUUUAGAUCAGCUACGCAAGAGACUCCGUUUUCAUUGGUGUAUGGCGUAGAAGCAGUCCUUCCAUUGGAGAAGCAAAUUCCAUCAUUGCGAAUAGCAAUCCAAGAAGGACUUACAACUGAAAGUAACGCUCAACUUCGUCUAGCAGAGUUGGAGGCAUUGGAUGAAAAGAGAUUGGAUGAACAACAAAGGUUGGAGUGUUAUCAAGCUCGACUUCCAAGAGCAUUCAACAAAAAGGUGCGACCUCGAUCAUUUCAAGUGGGAGACUUGGUCUUAGCAGCCCGGAGACCCAUAAUCCUCAACAAACGCAUUGGUGACAAAUUUACAUCGAAAUGGGACGGGUCGUAUGUUGUGAAGGAAACAUAUUCAAGUGGCGCUUAUAAAAUUAUAGACCAAGAUGGUGUAAUAGUUGGUCCAAUCAACGCCAAGUUUCUGAAGUAA